UUGAAGUGCAAUUGUAAUUGCAAUCCCCAUGGCUUCGCAAGGUUGCCCUCACAGUCACGGCCUCAGCCACCGGCAUCAUCAUCAACACCACUGCUCCCACUGCCCUCUCCGCCGUCAUUGCCACCACUGCCCUCUCCACAACCCUCCUACUCUCUUCCAACCACCACCACUUUUCCCUUCUCUUCCCCAAAUCCCACACCUCUCACCUCUCAAACAACCCAUUGCUUCUGAUGCUCAAAUUUCACAAGAGCUUGAAAAUAUAGAGCUAGAUGGCGAGGAAGAGGAUGAUGAACCAGUUUUUGUUCUCACUGAUGAAUGGAGGGAAUUCUUUGCGAAAUCUGAAGCUAAGAGGAAAAUAGAGAAGAAGCAGGGCAAGAAGGGAAAGCAGAAAAAAUAGAGAGAAACGCUUGUUAACAAUUUUUGUGUGGGUGAUAGAGGUUUCUCAAGGUGAUGAUCCUGCUUUUGAGAAUGUAAUGCCUUGGUGAUGUAUCACAACAAGGAGUCUUGUCUGCUUUUGAUGAAUUACUAGUAUCUGUAGUUCAUUAUUCUGUAUGUAUAAUCGUGUCAUUUUAUAAGUUGUACAGAGAAGACUAACCCAUAAUAUGAAUGUCACUUUUAAAA